AUGUGUAAAUUAUCCGUCAGACUGAUCUUCAACAGCUUGGAUUUGAGCAGGAGAUUGAGGCUUUUGAAGAAAGAGGGUCUGUUCCAGAGGUGCUCGUACAGUAUUCUGAAUCGCUUCCAGAGGUCGACCGCCGGCGGCGAUGGACUGAGGAGCAGCAAAUGCGAGGUUAAGUUGGAAAGUAAUGUCGCGAACAGUCAUAUCUCGUCGGAGGAUGAAUUGGCCGGUUAUGGCGAUCGGUGGAAGCCUGAAAUUGCUUGGCUGGGUAAAGCUCUCGAACCGGCUUUGCAGCUGUACAAAUGGGCUCUUCCAACAGGUCGUGGGAUUGAACUUAAGCCACCACCCACUGAUAGGUCCCUUUCCGAUAUUUUUGCAAGCAUACAAAGGAGUAAGCUUGGAAUUCAGGAUUGGAGUCUCAGUGAUCUUACUAUUGGCUUGUACCUCCUGUAUCUUAGGCAAGCAUCCACAACUUCUGUUGAAGAUGUGAAGGGCGAAAUUGUCUCAUCGGAACUCAUGGUUCAGGAUUUCAUAUACCACACGGAACUAGCAAAGGGUGCUUACAAAGAUAAUGCAGCUGGCCUGGCAAGGAAUAGCAUGAUCAGAGAAAAAAAUGUAAUCAAGUUUGUUAAGAACUCCAGCGUGCUGAGACCUGGGUAUUAUAUAGGAAUCGACACGCGGAAAAAACUCGUCAUUCUUGGUAUACGUGGGACCCACACAGUCUAUGACCUCAUCACUGACAUCAUAUCUUCUGGUCAUGAGGAUAUUACGACCGAAGGUUAUUCGACACACUUUGGCACAGCUGAGGCGGCUCGUUGGUUUCUUAAUCAUGAGAUGGAUACUAUCAGAAAGUGCUUAGAUAAACACAAGGGUUUUAGAUUGAGGCUCGUUGGUCAUUCACUCGGAGGUGCAACUGCUUCAUUGCUUGCAAUUAAACUUAGGAAAAAGUCAAUGAAGGAGCUUGGGUUCAGUCCUGAUAUAAUCUCAGCCGUUGGAUAUGCCACCCCACCUUGUGUCUCCAAAGAAUUAGCUGAAAGUUGCUCCGAUUUUGUGACUACGAUUGUCAUGCAGGAUGAUAUUGUCCCGAGAUUGAGUGUUUCUUCUUUGACAAGAUUGAGGAAUGAAAUUGUUGAAACUGAUUGGGAAAGUGUUUUCAGUAAAGAAGAUUGGAAAGGUGUAAUUGAUCUGGUUACUAAUGCAAAGCAAGUUGUGACCUCUGUGCAAGAUGUAGCUCGUAAAUUUGCCGAGUAUGCUAAAUUCAGAGGGCAGUCAAAAUAUUCUGAGACGCCCACGAAGAAGAGGGAAAUCCCAAUUGCCACUAGUUCUAAUAAGUACUCAGAUAAACCUGGUCUUGAAAAACGAGCAGCCAGCAAAGCAACUGAGGAUUUGUUUGUGCCCGGGAUUGUUUAUUACUUAAAACGGAAUGUGGAUUCUGAAGGCAAUCGCAAACGAAUUGAAUACUUCACGCUGUUGAGAAGAAACCCAGGUGAGCAUUUUCAAAGGAUACUGCUUUCUAGCAACUUAAUUUCAGACCACAAAUGCGAUAGCCAUUAUUAUGCUCUGAGGGAUGUACUUAAAGGUUUGCCGAGUUCUUUGGAUGAUAGAACAAUCAGUCAAUAG